AUGUAAUCAUUUCAAAAAUGGCGGGAAGAUCGAACCUUCUUCCCUAACCCUAUUAUGUCUUUUUAUUUUUUUUGUUAACCAGGGGUGAAAAAGUAUAUCUAAAAUGCCGACCCAGGUAGCUAGCAACCCUGAUGGUGACCUGAUGUCGCGUUAUAGCUAUUUGCUGCAACCAAUCAGAGAUAUGACAAAGAAUUGGGACAUUGAUGUUGCUACCCAACUGGAAGAGUAUCUACAAGAGAUUGAGAAAAUUCAGAUUUCAUUUGAUGGAGGCAAGACAUCUAUGAACUUUGCGGAGGCGGCUUUGUUGAUCCAAGGCUCUGCAUGUAUUUAUAGCAAGAAAGUCGAGUACCUCUACACGCUUGUGUAUCAGACGCUCGAUCUGAUAGCCAGCAAAAAACGGCUACAACAAGCUGCAUCUGUAGAUGAGAAUGGUCAAGACAAAGAUACAACCUUCAAAGAAGAGGACGAUUUUCUGUCCCUGGAUGACAUCAAAGAGGCUAAAAAUAUUGAUCUGAAGGAAGAUAUAGACUGUUUAGCUGAGUCACCAUUGAUACCCAGGACUCCUUUGGCUUUGAUUCCUCUUGGGGAAAAAGAGAGACAAGAUGUUUUGCUAAGUCAAACUGGUGAGGUGUUGGGAAGCCGGAAUGAUUUCAAGAUGAAUACCUGUUGCAUUCACAAGUCUGGUGCUCUGAUACUGGACCUUGCACAUCUCUCUUUGCUUGAUAACUCCUUCUCCCGUUUGCCAACCUCAACCCCCCAACAAGCUAUGGCUAAAGAGACUAUUUCAGAUCCCAAGCCUGUACUUGAAGAGCAAGUUGUGACCGACUCCCAGGCCCAAGACAUCAGCAUGAUAGGGCCUGGAGAUAACCACUAUGAUGAUGAUGAUGAUGGUAAUGGUUGUGAGGAUUUGGCUGGGGAUGCUAUUGAAGAGCAUGCAUAUGACGAGCAAGCAGAGGAUGUCCCUGAGGAAAGAAUGCAAUUGAGACAAAAGCAUGCUCCUUCUGUAGCCGCUCUUAGCAAAGCCACAUCAAGAGAUCCUUGGGAACUCCUUGAUCCUCAUGCCCCUAAAAGUAAUGAUGAGAAACCAUUCAGAAAAGGUAGGCCAUUCAAAUUGCCCCCUUCUAUUCUUGGGAUGGCUAAGGAAACCAAGAGAAAGAGAAAACGAACAGAAGCCAACCCUUCACAUCCAGUGCUCAUACCUAUACACGAGUUUUGUGCAAUGGCUUUUCAUUCUCACUCUUCAAAGUUUCCUAAGAAUCCACUGAAAGCCCCUGCAAUGAAAGAGUUCGAAUACUUGUUCUGGGUGGAGUACAGACGAAGACAGGAGCUGGAUAAGAAACAGAAGAAAAUUCUGGCACAGUACCUGACUGAAGAGCAGUUUGAUGAGCUCAAUGCUCCAGAUCCUGACAUAGAUGAAAAUGAGCCUUUCCCACAAGAUGAUUAUGGGGAUAUUGGAAGCAAUGAUCAGGACGAUGAUGAAGAUGAAGCUGGUGGGUUCUGCGACCCUAGGCAUGAUGAUGAGCAAGCCAUUGUCAACAUUCCCCCCAUGGCGUUUGAGGAAGCAGCUGCAGAUGUUCUUGUUGUGUCAAGUUAUGAAGAUCUAGUUCGGAAAUAUGUGGAGGGGUACUUGAUGGAAGCACAGCAGUAUGCUCAGGAGACAGACCUUAGCAAGCGUGUUCGGACCUGGGAAAACAAAAUCCUGCCAACCUUGGAAGAAGAGGAAAAACACGCGCCGUUUGAUAUCCACAAAUAUGGGGAAGAUGUUCUUCACUCAUUCCAAGUUUUCAGAACCAGGGUUAUUAGGACGCGAGAAACGUACUGAUGAUCAAAAACUUCACUGCCCCACAAGAGAAACAAACAACAUUGCGCAUGAGAUGACGGAAAACUUGCACAUAGCACUUCGUACAUUGCAAACCACGAGGCAGAAUAAUGGCCUCAUUGUCCUCGCAUUUCAGAUUUUCCUGGAGUAAAACCCCAAUUUAAUAUUUUAAAAAAUGAAUUUUUUGGGUUUUAUCUUUUUCUUUUUUCCCGUCAGUUAUACGUGCCAAUUCCGUGACGAAAGCAAGAUUUAAUUGACAUCAAGAUGAAUUUUAAAAGUUGCAUUUAAAAUUUUGUUCCCUGCUGCUCGCUAAGCUUUUAGAGGAAUUUGAUUUUUAUCUUCCAAUUUAUCACUGAACCGAUACUUCACAUCUUUUCCUAUCCCCUACUUUUCUCGUGCUAUCGGUAUCUUUGAUCCAACUGAACCGUUAUGGGUGAUCAAAAGUAGAUGCUAAUCGUUAUUCUUGUUAAAUUCCCACUGUCGUCAUAACAUCAGAAAUCACGAUCGAAAAAGGGGAAAGAAUCAACCAGCGGUGUCUCUGUAUCCGCAUGGUUCACUUGCCAAAGAUUGAGUUAGGUAAAUAUACUCACAAAUUUAAAGGAGUUCUUAUAAUACUAAAUUGGAUAAGUUUGAUUAAAAUUACACUUUGCACGCAAUUUCAGUGAACAGGUUUCCCCAGAUUUCGUAACAACACAUACUUUUCAACCCUGGUUAUUCUCCAAGUAAUUAAAUGUAAAAUUUCAACUGUGUUUCUGAAUACAGGGAAAUAGACUAAAUAACAUGUUGAAAGCACCCACUCAAGUCUAGGCAGUUCUAGCCAAAGCCAUUUGCUUAACAAGCAGCAUGAAAGCUUAUCCCUGAGUCCCUAAGCAAAAUAAAAUCUUAUCCCUAAGCCUAUCCUAAGUUUGCAAGACAAUUCAUCAUUUGUGCCCGAUAUCGAUCAACUCGGGAAAAAACGAAUAAACCUAAACUAGCACGUGAUAAUCACGAUUUUAGGCACUUUCCACCAUCUUACCCUUUAGAUAAAUAUGCAAAUCAUUUAAAUGCAGUAACUAUUAUUAGAGCAAGGUUAAUAUGUGUAAUACACUUUCUGGCAUGGAGGUUUUCCUCAGCGUAGUGCUUGGAACAGUGUAUUCUCAUGAAGUCAAA